GAUCAGGGGGACUGAAGCAAGUGAAGGAGCAUGAGAGUUUUUCUGUCAACCUCUGUGCUGCUGCUUUCAAGGAGACUUGGACAGGGCUAUCUGUUUCCCUUUAUUCUGCUGUGCUCCAGGCCGUUCACCAUGAAGGGCAUAGGGAUUAGAAGAUGUCUGCAGAUGCUUUUGGAGCCACGGGCAGCGAUGCCCAGCAAACCCUGCAGUCCUUCUGGCCUCGUGUCAUGGAGGAGAUCAGAAACUUGACUGUGAAGGAUUUCCGUGUGCAGGAGUUGCCUCUAGCUCGAAUCAAGAAAAUCAUGAAGUUGGAUGAGGAUGUGAAGAUGAUCAGUGCAGAGGCUCCGGUCCUAUUUGCCAAAGCAGCUCAGAUCUUCAUCACAGAGCUUACCCUCAGAGCGUGGAUCCACACUGAGGACAACAAGAGACGCACACUACAGAGGAACGACAUUGCCAUGGCAAUAACAAAGUUCGACCAGUUUGACUUCCUGAUUGACAUCGUGCCCCGGGACGACCUGAAGCCGCCUAAACGACAGGAGGAGAUGCGUCAGUCAGUUGCUCCAGCAGAGCCGGUGCAGUACUACUUCACCUUAGCCCAGCAGCCUGGAGCCGUGCAGGUGCAGGGCACACAACAGGGUCAGCAACCUGCCGCACAGACAGCGGCAACCAUACAGCCUGGACAGAUCAUCAUUGCACAGCCACAGCAAGGGCAGAUGUUGCAAGGUGCCACCAUGCAGCAGUUACAGCAGGUGCAGGUGCAAUCACAGGGCACGCCCAUCACGAGUGCGCCUGUUGCCAUGCAGGUGGGUGAGGGCCAGCAGGUGCAGAUUGUCCAGGCUGCCACAGCCCAGGGUCAAGCUCAGACAGCUCAAGCCCAAGGCCAGACCAUGCAGGUCAUGCAACAGAUCAUCACCAACACUGGCGAGAUCCAGCAAAUCCCAGUACAACUAAAUACGGGCCAGCUGCAAUACAUCCGUCUAGCCCAGCCUGUCUCUGGAGCACAAGUGGUCCAGGGACAGAUUCAGACUCUUGCAAACACCCAGCAGAUCACACAGACAGAAGUGCAACAAGGACAACAGCAAUUCAGUCAGUUUACUGAUGGACAGCAGUUGUAUCAGAUACAGCAGGUGACGAUGCCAGCAGGACAGGAGCUGACCCAACCAAUGUUCAUCCAGUCCACCAACCAGACAACUGACACACAGGUCACACAGGUCAGCACUGACUGAGCCCGACCAGGAAACGUUCUCUUCUCACUCUCACAGCAUGCACACCAGCCCACAUGAUGUCGACGGAGGCCAUCGACUUUGACAAAAGGACUCUCAAUAAUUGAUUUUUAAGCACGGCUCAGUGCAACAAGGGACCUGAAAACUUCUAACACUCAUUUUUUUGUAAUAAAUUUACUACACUGGAUCAAAAACCAAAGGGACGCUGAUCGACUCUUUCACAAUCAUACAUUAUAAUCAUCCAGGCUUAGACAUAGUAUAUCUUUUUGUACUUGUGCCACCCAUAUUGAAUGGAUAGACUUUAAGUUGUACAUCCACUUCCACAGUCCCUGACAAGAGUCUUUGCACAGACUGAAUUUCUUCUUGCUUACGUCAUUUCCAACCUUUACAGAUUUUUAGAAUAUAUGUUGCUUUAUUCUUGACACCUUACUUUCUGCUCUUCAUUUGGAAAUGAAUUUGGAAAAGUGUCCAUCAUUGUCUACAGAAGCUGCUCUUGGUUUAUGGUAGCCAUGGGAUUUUUUUUUUUCUUUUUUUUUUUUUUUUCCUGCUUUAUUUUUUCGUGAAAAAAAAAAAUCCUACCUUACUCAUUGUUAGUCAUGUAGUUGAAUUAAAUUAAGCCAUAUACCUCAAAUAUCAUUUUCUUUUUUACAACAAGUCAAUCUAAGGGAUUGUGAAGAGGUUGAGGUUUAAUGAUAUUUUCAUGUAGUUUCUCUGUUGUGUUUUCCAUAUUGAUGCAUGACUUUAUGUUGUAAGGGCUUCAAACUGUACAGGCUAACUGUGUAUGUGAUGGAAGGUUGGGUGUGUUUGAAUCACACUCACACACUUCUUAACUCUUCUGAUUCUUUCACUCACUUUUUUCACCAUCCCUUUGAACGAGGAACCUUUUUUUUCUGCCUCUGUGCAGUUUUGCACAGCCCUCUCGGCUUGGGUGGUUUUUGAGUCUUGAGUCUUGUGCCCUGGUUUAAGUCUCAUGUACAAACACAUGACUCCGUCUGGAGGGGGAAAAAGAAAACCCUUUUUAUAGAAAUCGACCUUUUUUUUCCUCAGUGUUUUUCCUUUUGAUUUAAAAGUGAUGUUUGGCCCAAUAUAUUUCCCAUUAUUUUUUUUUUAAUUUUUUUUUUGUACAGUAAUGAGUAUUAUCAAUGUUAUUAUUAUUGUUGUUUUUGCAUGUAGUUCAAACUGCCAGCAUGACAUGCAAUAGAUAGGUACAAUUUUAUUUUUGACGUUCCUUUUUGUAAA